CCAGCUCGCUCCCGCGUCCGGCGCCGCUCAAUGACCGGGAGCCGUGGGCUAGCAGCGACUCCGCUUUCCUGCCGUGGCGCGCAGGGUGCCUCCAGCCUAGGAGUUUUCCUGAAGCAGCCUUCGCCCCAGGAGCACUUUUGGUAGAAAGGGAGCAGGACAAGACCCUGAAAUGACUUACCUCCUAAGACACGUCUGAAGGGGACUCACUGGAGUGGAACCGUAGUGGAAUUUGGGUUUGCAGAGGAGUUGCUAACGCUUUUUUUUUUCGCUCUUCCCUCCCCCCUUUUCUCCCAUCAUUGGAAAUGAACAAAUUGCAUUUGCAAUUCAGAAAGUAGAAGUACUAAAUAUUCCAUCCCCUGGGAAGCACACAUGUAGUAAUGACAAAGGAUUGCAAAGGAGAGAGUGGCUCCAGUUUCCCAGAGAGAUCCCCUUAAAUGGAUUACUAAAUGGGACACUACAUCAGCUAGUUCUGUCCUCUAGCUGCCUAGAUACAUGCACCGAAAAGGGUGAAGUGCAGAAGUAACGUCUCCCAGCUGAACUACUAUGAGGUCAGAAGCCUUGCUGCUAUAUUUCACACUGCUACACUUUGCUGGGGCUGCUUUCCCAGAAGAUUCUGAGCCAAUCAGUAUUUCGCAUGGCAACUAUACAAAACAGUAUCCGGUGUUUGUGGGUCACAAGCCGGGACGGAACGCCACGCAGAGGCACAGGCUGGACAUCCAGCUGAUAAUGAUCAUGAACAGAACUCUCUACGUUGCUGCUAGGGACCAUAUUUAUACUGUUGAUAUGGACACAUCACAUACAGAAGAAAUUUAUUUUAGCAAAAAAUUGACAUGGAAAUCUAGACAAGCUGAUGUAGACACAUGCAGAAUGAAGGGAAAACAUAAGGAUGAAUGUCAUAAUUUUAUUAAGGUUCUCCUAGAAAGAAAUGAGGAUACAUUGUUUAUCUGUGGAACAAAUGCCUUCAACCCUUCCUGCAGGAACUACAAGAUGGAUACGCUGGAGUUCCUGGGAGAUGAAUUCAGUGGAAUGGCCAGGUGCCCCUAUGAUGCAAAGCAUGCCAAUGUUGCAUUGUUCGCAGAGGGAAAGCUGUAUUCUGCCACAGUGACCGACUUCCUUGCAAUAGAUGCAGUUAUAUACCGAAGCCUUGGAGAUAGCCCAACCCUGCGGACAGUUAAACAUGACUCAAAAUGGUUGAAAGAACCAUACUUUGUCCAAGCAGUGGACUACGGCAACUAUAUUUACUUCUUCUUCCGGGAAAUAGCAGUGGAGUACAACAGCAUGGGAAAGGUAGUUUUCCCAAGGGUGGCUCAGGUUUGCAAAAAUGACAUGGGAGGAUCUCAGAGAGUGCUGGAAAAACAGUGGACUUCCUUUCUCAAGGCUCGUUUGAACUGUUCCGUUCCCGGCGAUUCACACUUUUACUUUAACAUACUGCAGGCUGUUACAGAUGUUAUCCAUUUCAAUGGCCGGGAUGUUGUUUUAGCAACCUUCUCCACUCCGUAUAAUAGCAUCCCUGGCUCUGCAGUCUGUGCCUAUGACAUGCUUGACAUUGCCAAUGUAUUUACUGGGAGAUUCAAAGAACAGAAGUCUCCAGAUUCCACAUGGACACCAGUUCCUGAUGAACGAGUGCCCAAGCCCAGGCCAGGUUGCUGUGCUGGCUCUACAUCAUUAGAAAAGUACAUGACCUCUAAUGAGUUCCCGGAUGAUACUCUGAACUUCAUCAAAACACAUCCACUGAUGGAUGAAGCUGUACCUUCUAUUGUCAAUCGACCUUGGUUCCUGAGAACGAUGGUCAGGUACCGCCUGACCAAAAUUGCUGUAGACUCUGCCGCUGGGCCGUAUCAGAACUACACUGUGGUUUUCUUGGGAUCAGAGAAGGGAAUCAUCUUGAAGUUCUUGGCCCGGACAGGAAACAGCGGUUUCCUAAAUGAUAGCCUUUUCCUGGAGGAGAUGAACGUUUACAAUCCUGACAAGUGCAGUUACGACGGAGUGGAAGACAAGAGGAUUAUGGGUAUGCAGCUUGACAAACAAAGCAGUGCCCUUUAUGUUGCCUUCUCUACCUGUGUCGUGAAGGUUCCCCUGGGACGUUGUGAGCGUCAUGGCAAAUGUAAAAAGUAUGUGUUUCGUGGUAGCGCUUGCCAUGUUGUCGGAAGCCCUGGUGCCAGGGACCCGUACUGUGGCUGGGUGAAGGAGAGUGGGGCAUGCACACAACUGGCACUUGGUGCUAAACUGGCAUUUGAACAGGACAUAGAACAUGGCAAUACAGACGGCCUGGGUGACUGCCAAAAUUCCUUCGUAGCCCUGAAUGACAUUUCAACUGCUUCACCUGAUCAUGAAAUGUCUUACAACACAGUGUAUGGACACUCCAGUUCACUAGUUCCAAGCACCACCACUUCUGACUCUCGCGCUCGACAGGGUUAUGAUACUAGGGGACGCAUGCUGGAUUGGAAGGAUCCGGUUGGCUCAUCUGAAAAUACAGAUCCAUAUGUGGCAGUUUCAUCCCAUAAUCAUCAAGACAAGAAGGGAGUGAUUCGCGAGAGUUAUCUGAAGGGUCAUGAUCAGCUGGUGCCGGUCACCCUGUUGGCCAUUGCAGUUAUUCUUGCUUUUGUCAUGGGGGCCGUCUUUUCGGGAAUCAUAGUGUACUGCAUCUGUGACCAUCGCCGCAGAGACGUGGCUGUUGUGCAGAGGAAGGAGAAGGAGCUGACCCACUCCCGCCGCGGCUCUAUGAGCAGUGUUACCAAGCUCAGUGGCCUCUUUGGAGAUGCUCAGUCCAAGGAGCCAAAGCCUGAAGCAAUUCUCACGCCUCUGAUGCACAAUGGCAAACUGACUACCCCAGGCAGCACUGCCAAAAUGUUAAUCAAAGCCGACCAGCACCAUCUGGACUUGGCCGCCCUGCCAACCCCUGAGUCUACUCCAACCCUGCAACAGAAGAGGAAGCCCAGCCGUGGCAGCAGGGAAUGGGAAAGAAACCAGAACCUAAUCAACGCCUGCACAAAAGAUAUCCCUCCAAUGGCCUCGCCCGUGAUCCCAACUGACCUGCCGCUCAGGGCUUCUCCCAGCCACAUUCCCAGCGUUGUGGUCCUGCCCAUCUCCCAGCAAGGCUACCAGCACGAAUAUGUUGAUCAGCCGAAAAUGAGCGAUGUGGCUCAGAUGGCUGUGGAGGACCAGAACGCCACCCUUGAGUACAAAACCAUCAAGGACCAUCUCAGUAGCAAAAGCCCCAACCAUGGGGUUAACCUGGUGGAAAAUCUCGACAGCAUGCCACCGAAAGUACCCCAGCGGGAAGCUUCCCUGGGGCCCCCAAGCACCUCUCUAUCUCAGAGUGGGCUGAGCAAGCGGCUGGAAAUGCAUUCCUCUGCUUACAGUGUGGACUACAAGAGAAACUACCCUACGAACUCGCUCACGAGAAGUCACCAGACAUCGACUCUCAAAAGAAACAAUACUAACUCCUCCAAUUCGUCCCACCUUUCCCGAAAUCAGAGCUUCGGCAGGGGCGACAACCCCCCGCCUGCCCCGCAGCGAGUGGACUCUAUACAAGUCCACGCUGCUCAGGCACAGGCUGUGACUGUAUCUAGACAGCCUAGUCUCACUGCAUACAACUCGCUGACAAGGUCGGGGUUGAAACGUACACCCUCGCUAAAGCCAGACGUACCUCCCAAACCUUCCUUUGCCCCGCUCUCCACAUCCAUGAAGCCCAAUGAUGCAUGUACAUAAUUACAGUGGGGUGUGUGGGGGGGAGAACAGCAAUUAAGCAGAGGUUGCCCUUGAAAGUGUUCUGCAACUGUAUCGCUCGCUCCUCUGAGAAGACGGUUGUUGCUAAGCUGAGGAUGUGUUGAUUCUGCUCUCUGGGAAAAGUGGAAUAUUUUUUUAAACCCGAGCCAUAUGAUCCAUGGUUAAAGGUUUGCAAUUGCAGGACUUGCCCCCACAACCCGCCAGUUCUUUGCUCAAAAGACUAACUCUCCAUCACAAACAUUGAGCCAAAAGCACACAGGUGAAAGAUGACUGUGACAUUUCACCCCCUCCCCCCAACUGCACAGUGCAGCCCUGAACUGGGAAGUGCUCUGAAAAUCAAAACAAACAAAAGCAAAACAAAACAAAAAAACAAAAAAAAAGAAUCCAUUGAUAAAGCUAACUCUGACUUAACAAUGGCAGAAGUUUACUAUGUGCAGGUACUGUGAAAUGCCCAUCAGUGUUACAGCCAUUUGGUUAUAGCAGUUAAAUGCCAUGUUGGGCAAACUAUGUCAUAGAUUUCUGCUACUCUUCUCUUUUAAUGAAUAACAUGUGACUGUUAACGCAAGUAACUCCUAUUAUUUAUUGUUCAACUUUUGUUUUUCCUAAGGAAAUGACUUCUGCAUAUCAUCCUAUGAGCAGCUCUUCAGAAAAGUACAUUGAAAGUUAUACCUAUUUAACGUGAACCCAUUAACUGGAGUAAUUAAAACUCUUUUAUUUUUCCAAUAAAUUCACUGAGUUAAAUAAGAUGGAGCUGGAAUUCUGAACUUUGUGUUUGGACUGUCUGAUUAGCUGAAAAAAAAGGGGAAUAUUUAUUUAAGUCUCUCAGUUAAUUUGCUGGCUGGGCCUCUGACCUAAGACAGCAACAAACAAGUCCCCCAAGUUCAUAACUUCUAACGCAACCGCAAGAGAAACUCUUAAAAGCCGCACAUCUGUGCACCAUUGCUAUCAACAUGGCUUUGUCAGUAGCUAAUACUUUCUGUGAAGGCACCAGCUUGUGAUGUGCCAUCUCAUUUCACCUUGCAUGUGAGACGGCAAACAAAAUCCACAAACGGUGUGAACUAGUUAAUAUGCCGGCUGUUACCAUGCAUAAAUUAUGGUCUUAUCACACGGGUUUUUCGUGGGAAUAUAUCUGUGAAUAGCCUGUUUUCUUCCACAUGUAAAUUUGUGCCUUACACCCUCAGUUGUGUAUAAUUGUGAGCUGUAGUAUGUAAAACCUCUUUCUUUUCCCCUUUGAAUAACGCAAAUAUUUAUUGAUCCUCCCUCCUCCAAGCCCCCUCAAGAAUUGGAGUAAAGACGUUCAAUUUGAAGAAUGUACUGGUUAUUGUCAUAAUGCCAUGUCCCUCGAGAAAUUAGGCUAGUGCCGUACCCUCCGAUUCAGUUUGACUCUCUAGUCGUGCCAAUCCUGCCCUCAGGCCACCCGCAAGCCGCGUCGCUGCGAAGGCGCCGCCGCGCUCUGGGUGCUGGUUCUGCCUUCCCACCUCCCUCUGCCCCCUCACGGCACGUCAGCAGGGCAGCAGAGCGGUGACAAGCGUCCGCGGCCCGCAGUCCCCUGGCUGGGGACGGGCGCAGGGCUCGGGCAGCUGGAGCAGGCAGGCGGGCUCCUGCUGCGGCUCCCUGCUGCCUGAAAGCUGGCCGGAAGGAUGCUGCGUACACUUCUUUGGAGGAAAUGAUUUUUUUUCCCCCUUUUUUCUUUGGCGUGGCUGAGCAUAUAGGUGGUGUGUGUGUGUGUGUGCG